AUGGCACACCCAGAAUAUGGGGCCAAAAAUUCCACUGCACUAUUUGCUAUCAAAUCUAGCUGGAAUAACUUGCCACCAAAUUGGGAGGGGUCAGAUCCUUGCGGUAGCAGCUGGGAAGGAAUUAUCUGUAAUGAUUCGCGUGUAACCUCGAUAAAGUUAUCAGGCAUGGGCUUGGAAGGCAAUCAGUUUGGAGAUCUUUCAUCAUUAACUGCAUUGCAGAUAUUGGACCUCUCGAAUAAUGUUGGACUGAAAGGAACUCUUCCAUCAUCAAUUGGAAAUUUGAAGAAUUUGACAACUUUAAUCUUAGUUGGUUGCAGCUUCUUUGGUCAAAUUCCAGAAUCAAUUGGUUCUCUGCAGCAGCUGGUCUUUAUAUCUCUAACUUCUAACAGCUUCACUGGGUCAAUUCCACCAUCAAUUGGCAAUUUAUCUAAGUUGUCAUGGCUUGAUCUUAGUGACAAUAAACUUAGUGGUACCAUCCCAGUCUCAAAGGGCUCAACACCUGGUUUGGAUUGGCUGGUUAAUACCAGACACCUUCACUUGUCGAAAAAUCAGCUCUCUGGCCGUAUUCAAUCUCAACUCUUCAGUCCAAACAUGAAGCUGAAACAUGUGAUUUUAGAUCACAACCAACUGAUGGGAGAAAUUCCAGAGAGUCUGGGAAGUCUGCAGAACUUAGAAAUUUUGCGGCUGGACUGGAACUCCCUCAGUGGAUCUGUCCCUUCCAACCUCACCAACAUUACAAGUCUCAAUGAGCUGUAUUUAUCCAGUAACAAUCUCAAUGGAUCAAUUCCUGACCUUACAGGAAUGAACUUGCUAACCUAUGUGGGCAUGAGCAACAAUAGUUUCAAUGCAUCAGGCAUCCCACAAUGGUUAACAAGCCUCCCACAGUUGAAAACAAUGUAUUUUUCUCUCACCUCUCUCCCAUGUGCACACACACAAACAGAGUUAAAUCAAGUAGUACCCUGAGAUUGGAUAACAUAC